GGUCUCGGGGUCUCGGACUCCACCACCGUUCGCUCCGCCUGCCCGGCCGCCCGGAACUCGAGAGGGGCCCGUGAGCCGGGGCGGCCGGAAGCGGCGGCGGAGGGGACGCGUGCGCCGGUCGCCCGGGCCGCGGUCGGGCCUGCAGCAGGCCUGGGGGGUCGCGGGCUGCGGGCUGGCGACCCCCGCCCCUCCCGGGCGCCGUACACGCGUCGCAGCGCCGGGAUCCCCUGGAGCAACAGCUGCUUUCGCCCAGAUGGUGCUGUGGCCAGGAUCGAAACCCACCCCUCUGCCCCGCGCACCCCUCCCCAACCCACGACGGACCCUCAGUUCCGGUGGCAUGAGAUAGGGGUUUGCCGCAGGACCGGGCCCCCAACUCCUGGUGCCAGGGGGGAUAAGAUGGAGACCUCCGAGUCUGACCCUAAAAGGAGGGUCCUUCCGCUCUGGAUGACAGCGCAGGGGGGCCCCCCGCUGGCCAAGAAGCCCAAGAAGAGGAAGGCAGUGACGCCAGCCUCAAUGGCCAGACGCCCCGCCAGGAGGACGGUGUACUGCAUGAGUGAGGCGGAGCUGGUGGACGUGGCCCUGGGGGUCCUGCUGGAGGGGUGGCAGCAGGAAGCGGCCCCAGGACCACCGGGCCUGGAGGAGGCUGAUAAGCCCGAGCUGGACCCCAUCCGCUCUGCGUCCUCGUCCCCCGGGAGCAGAAUCGGCGAGGAGGAUGACGAUGACAGCGACAGUGACAACGACGACACCACCACCACCACCACCACCGGGAAGGAUGCCCCGCCCCCAGGCCGCAGCGGACGGCCUCCGGGGGCGCCUGGGGGUGCUGAGUCCCCCCAUGAGGGAAGUGGCGAGGAAGAUGACGCCCUGAAAUACGUCAGGGAGAUCUUCUUCCGCUGAGGGUCUCGCCUCUCGCACUGUGUGUGUCCCUGGCAGCUGCAGGACACCGGGCCUGGGCCCCGGGCAGGGGCUGGGGGCUGAGAUGUGCAGGGGCUGAGGGCUCGUGGGACUCCUGCCCCGAGUCCCCCGGGAGGCUCAGAGACCCCCCUUAGGCGGCCCCCGGGGGAGACGUGUGACUGCAGCAGGAAGGCGCCUCCGGAUGUGGACUCAGCCAGCGAGAGGAGAAUUCCCGCCCCCCUGCCCUGGCGCAGCCGGGGGGCUCGGCUGGGAACCUCAAGUGGCUCCUUUCUUUAUUUGGGUUCCACGGAAGUCAAGGUCAAGGCGGGUGAGCUUACUGGAACUGGACAGAGAAUUUUCGACUGGAGCCAGCUGCUAAGAACCGUGUCCCCAAGGGGGUCAGCGCCUUCUCUCCCCAAGGACGGAGCCCAGUGAUGAAAGCGUCCGGGGGCGGGAGCCGUAGCCCAGCCAGAAAGGCCCUGGCUGUGCCCGCAGCCGACUGGGUUCCCAUCCCCGUCACCCUGCGUGUUCCCCUGCGCUCUGUCGGGAUGGUCCCUGAGCACAGAGCCAGGAGUCAGUCCUGAGCACAGCUGGGUGCCCCCCCGCGCCCCCACAAAUGAUAAUAAAAAAUAAAAAGUGUCUGGGAGAGCUGUCAGUGA